CAUGCUCCUCUGUGGAACUGCUGGACAUUUCGGCUGAUGUCAGUCGGUGCUGAUUAGCAAUGAGUGUCAGAAUUUGUGCCUAUCGAAGUAUUCAUCUUGUGUCUCCCGUGCGAUUCGGUGUUUGGUAACACUUUUUUUUCUGUUCCGGUUGAUCCUCAUUGCGAGUUUAACAGUAUUCUGGCGAACAAUGCCUUCGUAAGUGCGAUGAAGAUUCAUGUUUGUUAGCGUAACAGUUGAACAAACGGAACUGAAAAAAUGUUUUUUCGAAGAGUUUUUGCGAAAAACAAUGGAAGUUCGUCGACCAGUGGAGAGGGUACCUCCUCCACCAGCAAUUCCUCGAAUAAUGUAAGUGCGUCUCCGGCACGGUAUCGUCGUGUUUUGAACGUCGAAGAUAAUCAACGAGUGCUAUCAGUUCUUCAGUUGACUCCACUCUGGGAGUACAUUAUCCGAAACAAUGAGCUUCCGACUGGAUUAAAUAUGAACGAGUUGUUUGGGGAAUUCUUGGAACGUCUACACGACCCAGAGUAUCAAGUCAGGCAGCAUUCGCUACGAGUUCUGAUAGAUGUGUUGAUUGUGCUCCGUGACGAAUCCGAUGUGUAUUUUGGCCCGCUGUUACCACCUAUCAUCGACAAUUUGGGACAUCCCUCGCCGGCCGUCCGUAAGGGCGCUCUGGAUGUUCUGAAAGUGUACAUCGCACAAACUAAAAUUCCUGAAACUGUUAUGUUGGAAAUUAUGAACUACGGUAUGGAUAGGAAUCCGAAAGAUCCGCUGAGUACUCGGUAUAUCGUUGGAGUGAUGUUGGCUUUACCAUCACUGAUACAACCGGCAAUUCUAACGGCUAAGCGGACGUUUAUUUUGAGGGCUGUCAUCAAUGCGUUGGGAGGUAAAAUGACACAAAUAACCUACCAAGAAAUAGCGCUGAAGAUCUUGCUCAAGAUUAAAAACGCAAUCGGUUCCCGAGAGUUUUACGAAUGCAUUUCUGUAUCCUAUCGGAGAGAUUUCGAUCUGUUGUGUAACGUUUAUGGGCUUCCGAAUCCCCCGAAAAGUCCCCGCCGAGAGACAGCUGUGAAUUUAACCCCACCAGGUUCAACAAUCCCAAUGCGUAAGUCCUGGAAACCCCAUGUGCCUCAAGUUCCUACCACAGAGCUGCAUCAGCCACUGCAACCUCUAUCUCCGAAAGCUCAACGAUGGAAAUCGGGAAGCCACAAUGACAUCACGAGAUUGGAUAAUUACGAAAAUAGGGCAUCAGAUGAUCGCCUCAAUCACAAUCCAUACGCAAUCAGUAAACUUCCGCACCAUGGCAGCUCGGUGGUUCGGCGGAUCAGUGUGGAUAACGUCAUCGAUCAAAUCGAUGAGUCGAAAGUGAUAAUGGAAACGGAGAUCAAGAUUAAUAAAGAGUCCGUAACAAUGCGGAUUCUGGAAGCGGAAAAUUCUCAGUCGAUAAGUGAUGAAAGUGACGAGGACAUUUCCAAGCGAUACGGAAUAGUGCGUGUGUUAACGGACAGUGAAGUAGAUGAAAGUGUUGGGACGAAAACUCUAGGGACAUCCAGUGUGAAUCUUGAACUCUCAUCGGAUGAAUAUGUACGUAGUACUCCUCGGCGUGUGCGAUUCGGUGGAGAGGUGGUGAAAAUGCGAACACCAGAUAGUGAUACGUUCGAGCAAAGUGAUCAAGAUGUGCUAACAGCUUCUCAGUCUUCUAGUUCUAGUGCUAUGAACAAUGUUAAUAACCACAACUCAUCUGUUACGGCUAGUUCUUCCGAUAAGUCAUCACCGAUCCAUCAACGUUCCGCGUUGAAAUCUUCUACUUCGUCAAUCGACCGGUCGAGUUCCUCGCUAAGAAGACAGUAUUCGCAAUCGGCAGAUACUGAGCGAUCAUCGCCACCCAUAAGCAGUGAGUAUAUUACCAACAGCCAAAGGCCAAUGUCUGCCAAAUCUAGAAGUUAUCUGAGUUCCGAAGACAUUCCACAUCCCCGGCAAAUCGCCUUUGCCAGACGAAGAAGCGUCACAUUCGACGAAGAUGAUAUGCGUACCUCAAUGCUGUCAAUGACUACGAUGGAAUAUUCCAACACACCGUCUCCAUCUCCGGAGCCACCGGAACCUCCAGAACAACCGACGGAAAGGCCAAAAACAUCGCGGCCCAAAUCUGGACGUACUUCCGCUAAUGGUUCUGUUAAUGUUCCCGUCGAAUCGGAGUCAACAAAACUGCCGUCCAAUGAGAGUGAAGCGAACGUAGAAGUCACCUCCCAAUCCGGGACUCCGGACAAUCAAAGUCAACCCGAACCGCAGGAAUCUAAUCACAUGCUAGCAGAAAAAAUAGAAGAAGUGAAGCAAGCGAUUCAAGGUAUCGAAGACAAAAUUAACAAUGCUGUUCUAAGAAAUGUCGAAAGUAUAGUCGAACUUCCAGGAAGUCCUUCCAAACUAACGAAAACAGAAUCGGUCGACUCUGCUACCACUUCUUCGCCAAAACUACAGAAGCCAAACCUGUCAAUAGAAGUUCUGCUUAAUACAAGCACGGAUACCAAAAAUAAUCUAGAAUCGGAUGACACUGGAACGAAGCAGGAUAAAAAAGAUUACACGAAAGAGUUAAACAUUGAAAUCCCAAGUGAGGAGAAAAUAAUAAACGACAUUCCUCAAAUCGCUGAAAAAUCCACCCCAACCUCGAAGAUACCGAAGAUGAUCAAGACAGGAAUACCGAAGCUCAACACGAUGCCAUCGCCAAGAAGACUGAAACCUUCGCCCAAAAACGGUUCAGACAGAAGUCUAUCUCCGAGUAAGCUACUCUCGGUUGAAGACAGAAGCCGCUCGAGACGUCGAUCGCGAUCGGCUACCUCGGCGACCUUCAAACGAAGCACGUACAUUAGUCCCUCAGCUUUGAGUCCCGCUCCGCACAGUGGUAUCGAAAUGAUACACAAUCUGCUGCGAAGUCCAUCGACUUCACCGAACAGAAACCGACGCAAGGGUUCCCCCGGAGAUCGUCCAACCACUAGCGACAAAAACAACAACAGCCCAGAAAUAAACAACCUAAACUGUAGCAAAAGUGAUAAAUGUUGUAAUGUGAAUGAAAAUGAUAUUUACGAUGUUUUCGGUAAAACGAUAGCCACUCAAACCUCAGUGGACCAAUUCGUGCCUUCGGUUGUUGUUUCAAGAUCCGAAACAGAGGGAGAGAUGUCCAGCAUUGCCAACGUGUACGAAGCUACAGAUGCCGAGAACAAUAAUCUUCCAGCUGUGGAAAGUCGACGAUCUAGUCUUCCAAAAAUUCUACACUCAAGAAUUAUCAAUUCCUGGGAGGAUCUGGGCAUCGUCGACCAGGCCGUUCUGUUCCAACUGAAAAGUGGAGACUGGCGAGUGCGUUCUCAAGGAUUCUGCACUAUCGAGGAAGCGCUCAAAUCGUCCGACAAUCUGUCCAAGGUUCAACCGUAUCUAGAAUCUCUGCUGCGAACAUUGCUUUCCUCCGAACGGAACCCGGAUGUCAUCGAGGAUAAGGUGCGAAUGAUGGUCAAUCUGGUGUCACGUCUUCCGCUGGAAAACCUGGAGGACCGGGUAAGCCAAAUCAUGAUCGGUCUGUGCCGGCAGGGUGGUCCCGGUAGCAAUACCGUUGCGAAAGCACUCAUGCAACGACUGCCGACGGCUGCGAUCGUGCAGCGAUUGCUAUCCGAUGAUUUUCUGCACGCCAAAAGCUCGAAGUUCCGUGAGAAUGCAUUGCAAAUGGUAUUAUUUGCUCUAAUGACAUUUCCUAGUACGUACUUCGACAUCAAAACGCUGAUAUCACGAGCCACCGAAGCAGCAGUUGACAGGAAGAAACGCGUGCGACACGGAGCACUCGAUGUGCUAGCGGUAUUAGGUCAAAUCAGCUCACCUAAACUGGUCUUAGACGUGGUGUGUUCUACCGCAGGUCAGCGUCCCGAUGGCAAUCAUCUGAUAGCAGCUGUUAAGGCACGACUUGCUCGAAAGCAGCUUCCAUUCAUAGGCCCCGAUGGCAGUGUAGAGUAUGCACUCAAGGUACCAUCAUGUCGAAACAGUUCCGUCAUCAUGUUUGGUGCCGAUGUCGACUGGAUCGAAUCCGGUAGCGGAUCGGCAUCGCCGACGUCGACCCGGUCCAAGCACUAUCCCAGCUUUCAGGUGGACGGUGCAUCGUAUGAUGAGUGUAGCAGAAAACCAAGCUUCCAAGUGUUCGAUGAUGUGCAUCAGCCAUCUGAGACGCACAAAGUCACCUCUGGUUGGUCAUCCAAGAUACCCGUGAGCCAAACGGACAAUAACAUCGCAGCCAAUAAUGGAUCGAGACCUUUCUAUGGAAAUUUACAAUCGCGGUCAUAUCCGGAGCUGUCCGAACACCAGCAACCGCUGCGGAAUGGUGGAAAAUCGCAACCAAAUGGUACCGGUAAUACCCGGCUUCCCAAACAACCGACAAUUUCAAGGUUUCCAGAGAUGGACCACCUGAAACAGAAUGGCAGAAAUGGACCAACCGGGAAGAGCACCAACCCUUACGAGAUGAAAGCAGUUCGACCUAUGCGCAGUAGGCUAUGCACGAGAAUGAGUGAUGGCUUCAUGAGUGACACGAUCGCUAAUGCCAACCGGGUUCUGCAAAGUGAUUCCCGCCCAUCGACAGAUCCGGCGAUCGAUAAUGGUGCGAUAAGACAGUCACGGAAUGGAAUGAGAUUCUAUAACCCCAAUUUGAUGAACAGCAACAACAAACAACAAUCAAACACGCAUGUGCAGAAACUAGAUGUAGACCAGCGUCCCAAUUUAUCACCCAACAAAAACUACGGCAACGUCGGUCACCACCGCAACAACAACAUCAAUGGACGCUUCUUCGUCGCCGCUGCCGGUGCGGACACAGGCGAGACACCAAGUCGAUCCCGCUUUCUAGGGGAAGCAUUGGAUGACGGUGCCGGCGGCGGAAUCAAUCAGGAAAGCUACAUUAUUCAUCGUGACGAACAAUACGACAGUGAAAAUGAUGAAAAGUCUAGCAACGAUUCGACCUCGACACGAAUUAUCUCCAACAGCACGUUUAACUUUGGUGGCCAAGGAAGCGACAAUUAUCCAACCACACCCAACAUUAGCCAUCCUCCCUCGAUUCUAUCAUCACGACCUCAUUCGGUAACUUCACGCAAAUCGAUUGGAUCGGGUAUUUUGAAAAACGAUGGCCGUCUCUCGAGAACCAGCAACAUUUCUUAUAGCAACCUCUCGGCGAAGCAGAUGAACGAUAACGUAUCCAUCAAGUCCAAUCGAUCCGCGAAGAGCAGGCACAAUGAGGUUUGGUAUGAACGAGAAGGAACACCGAUUCAAAGUGAAGAUGUCAUCAGUUCCAAUCAAGUCCAGUACGAAUCCGAUUAUGAUGACGAUGUGGAGGAAGAAGUGGCCGAACAACCAAAGCGUACGGCAACUCCUAAACGGUUUCCAACGCCUAGUCCACAUCCUCUGCAGGCAUCUUAUUCAACUGAGGAAUUGUCCAACGGCUUUAACCAAGUAGAAGAUACUAUAAUAUCACCAGUCAAAAGUCGAGUGCAAUCGGCUAGCUUGAGUAAUCUUCAGCAGAUAGAAGCUUUAGAAGCAAGUGCGCCACGGAGCCCAGUGAAAAAAAUUCUCAAAAAACCAUAUCUCGCUCGAAAAACCAGUAAAGUAGCACCCGUCAAAGACGUGGUCAGCAGCAUAAAAGCAAAAAACAAGAUUAAUGAAAGCAUGUUCCAGAAAAACCUGCGAAAGUUUGACAAACCAAAAGACGCACUUACAAACUGUAUUCAACACUUGGAAAGUCCCAACUGGGAACAGAACAUCAGUGGACUACAAUUCUUUGUCCGAUUAAUCCGACAUCACCCAACCAUUAUCGAUUCUCAGAUCCAUCUGCUCUCGGUUGCUCUAGCGAAACAGAUUCGUAAUCUACGGUCGCAAGUAGCACGAACUGCAUGCCAAGCUUCAGCCGAGUUCUUCUCCACUCAUCGACGCUGUAUCGAAGGCGAGGCGGAGGACAUCGCGACCCAUCUACUGCACCGUACUGCCGACACUAACAAGUUCCUUCGAGCCGAUGCGACCCACGCGCUGGAAUCGAUGUGUGAGAAUCUAUCCCACCCGAAGGUAAUCCAGAUAAUCGCUACGAAGGGGGCAACCCAUCAGAACGCCGUUGUUCGGACGACCGCUGCCAAACUGCUGGACAGAAUCAUUCGUCAGAUCGGUCCCGAUAAGGUAUUUUCACUGCCCAAGGAAUCCCGGGAUAGGCUGGUACUAACUGGAGCGCAGCUGCUGCUGGAGGGUUCUCUCGAAACGCGAAACUACACGAAGAGCAUGUUCAAACAGCUGUCGGAGCACCCGAACUACAACAAAGUAUUACUGGAGGUGAUUCCUACGCGAAUCUAUCGUAACAUCGAGAAAGCGCUGAAGAGCAUCCGGCAGAUGUAGAAUGUGGUUUUGUUUGACUAGAGAGAAAUGUGAUUCGUGUAGUUUAGAAUAGUUUAAUUUUUUAUUGUUUUUCUUACCUUCAAGUGUAGCAAUAUUCUCUGAAUCUUUGAUAAUGCUGCAUCUGUAAAAUCCCAUUGUAAUAAAUUUAUAA